AUGUACUCCUUGUCAAAGCAUAUUAUUUAUGGACCCAUAAAGCAGCAAUCUAGAUCAGCUUCUAUCCUUCUAUCUUCAGUUUCACAGGUUCCCCAUGUUUCCUUUAAUAGUGGGUAUAUAAGCAAGCGUCAUGUUUCUUCUAAAGAAUUGACUCCACAACAAUUGCCUAAGGAGUUCCCAUUAAUGUCUGAGAAAACCGCUUCGAGCGCAAUAGAUUACGCAUUGACUUCGUUGGAUUUGAUUGCAAAUUGGGCAAGAAAAUCAUCAUUUUGGCCCGUGACUUUUGGUUUAGCUUGUUGUGCAGUGGAGAUGAUGCAUGUGUCGGCACCAAGAUACGAUCAAGAUAGGUUGGGUAUUAUCUUUAGAGCAUCGCCUCGACAAUCAGAUAUCAUGAUUGUUGCAGGUACAUUGACGAAUAAAAUGGCUCCUGCCUUGAGACAGGUUUAUGAUCAGAUGCCCGAUCCAAAAUGGGUUAUUUCCAUGGGUUCGUGUGCCAACGGAGGUGGUUACUACCAUUAUUCAUACUCAGUCGUGAGAGGGUGCGAUAGAGUUAUACCAGUAGACAUAUAUGUACCUGGAUGCCCACCAACGUCGGAAGCAUUGAUGUAUGGUGUAUUCCAGUUACAAAAGAAAAUGAUGAGUGCAAGAAUAACGAGAUUGUGGUACAGGAGUUAA